AUGAAAGUGGACUGUAUACUCGGUGCGAGAAGUAAAGCACGAAUCAAGACAUGUAAUUAUAUGAUAGUUUUUACCAUAAUUGGUUGCAUAGGCGCUGUGUUACUUGGAAAACAACAAGCUAAAAGAGGAGAAAGUUUGGUUAAACAAAGAGAAGAGUGGCUCAAAGAAAUAAUGGCAGAAGAUAAAAAGAAAUAGAUAUGUAAAUAUUAGGAAAAUGUAAAAAUCUUUAGGAUUUAAUCUUUAGAACGAAUUUUCUGAAAAGCGCGCACAGAUGGAUAUUAUAAAUCUCGAUUAGUUAUUAUUUAAAAAUGAGAUU